AUGGCGGUUUCACAGAGUGAUGGUAAUAGAAUGGAGGGGUGGUUGUAUUUGAUACGGUCUAAUCGGAUUGGGCUGCAAUACUCGAGAAAACGUUAUUUUAUUCUUCAAGAUCACUUGCUCAAGAGCUUUAAAUCUAUCCCACGUUCUGUCAACGAGGAUCCUAUAAGAAGUGCAAUUAUAGAUUCGUGCAUAAGGGUAACUGACAAUGGGAGAGAGAGCAUCCAAAGAAAAGUCUUCUUCAUUUUCACACUUUAUAACACUUCCAAUCACAAUGAUCAACUGAAGUUGGGAGCAAACAGUCCUGAAGAAGCUGCAAGAUGGAUUCAGUCCUUUCAGGAAGCAGCUUUGAAGCCUGACCUGAAUCAAGGAGAUGUUGAUUUCUCUAGACGUGAACCACAGUCUUUUAGGUUAAACCGCCGUAAUAAAAACUCACAUUCUGUUGACUGGACUCUCUGCUCAUCAUCAGUUACUGAUGCAAUGACAUCUGAUGUUGUUGCACCAUCAUCCUGGAAAAUUUUUGGUUGUCAAAAUGGUCUCCGGUUAUUCAAGGAGGCCAAAGAUAGGGAAUUUCAUUUGAAGUGGGAUGAUCAUCCUGCAAUAAUGGCUGUUGGUGUAAUUGAUGGAACAUCAGAGGCCAUUUUCCAAACUCUCAUGUCUCUUGGUACUUCAAGAUCAGAAUGGGACUUUUGUUUUUACAAGGGCUCCGUGAUUGAACAUCUUGAUGGUCAUACUGACAUAGUUCACAAGCUCCUAUAUCAUGAUUGGCUACCAUGGGGUAUGAAGGGAAGAGAUCUUCUGUUGCGGCGCUAUUGGAGAAGGGAGGAUGACGGGACAUACGUUAUUCUUUACCAUUCAGUGUUUCACCAGAAGUGCCCGCCUCAAAAGGGCUAUGUCCGUGCCUGCCUAAAAAGUGGUGGAUAUGUGAUUUUUCCUGUGAAUCAAGGGAAGCAAUCAGUAGUGAGGCAUAUGCUAGCUAUUGACUGGAAAUUCUGGAAAUCAUAUAUACAGACAUCAUCAGCUCGAUCUGUAACAAUUCGCAUGUUAGGGAGGCUUGCCGCCUUGAGGGAGUUGUUCAGAGCAAAAUUAGAUUGCUUAUCAUCUGAUUUCUCGUCGGGUGAGAUGAUGAAAGAUAGUAGCUCGUUUCAAAGUACUCGAGAAUUGAAGGUUGAAGUCCAAAAUAGGCUGGAGAAUGGGCAGAGUAAGAAGAAUAUGGAGGAAGAAGCUGUUAAAACGCCUUCUGAACAUUCAAGUCUUUUUGGAUUAAAUGAUGCAGCAGAUGAAUUCUUUGAUGUGCCAGAACCUGUGGAUUAUGAUCAAUCAGAAAAUGGUUGGAAUUCUGAUUUUGGUCCAGAAAUGUACUCUCAGGACACUCGUCAACCCAAACUGUCAACUGCUGCUGUCUUUGUGAAAAAGUUGCAUGAUAUAGCAGUUCAGAAGAAAGGUUAUGUAGAUUUGCAUGAGGUUGCAAGGGAGGAUAGACUGUCUUGCAAUUAUGGAUCUACUCUUCCAAAGGAUUCAACUUGUAAUUUGCCCUGCAGCUGGACAGCAGCAGAUCACUCGACAUUUUUAAUUCGUGGAAAGACUUAUUUGGAUGACCAGAAGAAGAUUAAAGCAAAAGGCACAUUAAUGGAAAUGGUUGCUGCUGACUGGUUGAGAUCUGAAAAGCGAGAAGAUGAUCUUGGUGGUCGCCCUGGGGGCAUAGUUCAGAAAUAUGCAGCAAAGGGAGGCCCAGAGUUCUUCUUUAUUGUGAACAUACAGGUCCCAGGUUCAACAACAUAUAGCCUUGUUUUAUACUAUAUGAUGAAUACUCCCAUUGAAGAUUCUCCCUUGCUAGAGAGCUUUGUCAACGGGGAUGAUGCUUAUAGAAAUUCGAGGUUCAAGCUCAUACCAUACAUUUCAAAGGGUUCAUGGAUAGUCAAACAGAGUGUUGGAAAAAAAGCAUGCCUCAUUGGGCAAGCACUUGAAAUUAAUUACUUCCGUGGAAAGAACUACUUGGAGCUUGGUGUUGAUAUUGGUUCAUCCACGGUUGCAAGGGGGGUGGUCAGCCUUGUUCUAGGUUACCUUAACAAUCUGGUCAUUGAGAUGGCAUUUUUAGUACAGGCCAAUACACCUGAAGAGCUACCGGAAUAUCUUGUUGGAACCUGUCGUCUUAACCAUUUGGAUGCCUCUAAAGCUGUAUUGGUGAAACCAUAG